UUUCUUUUCUUUUUGAAAAAAGUGGGUGCGCUAAACGAGGAUCACAUUAGACUGAACAUAAAACUUUGAUGCAGUUCGUUAUUUCUUUAUUUUUUUGUCAGUGUGCGUUAUUAUAAGAUUUUGAUGCAGCUCAAAAGGCUGUCCGUUUCAAUUUGGAUCACACAUUAAUUCUCCUAGUAGCAAUUUAUAGCCUAAAUAAAAAACGCGAAUCGAAACGGCAAUCGAUCGUCAACCAUGCAUGUCAGGUAAAACAACACACCAUGAGAAAACUGGCAGCGCUCAUGCUCAUCCUAGGUGGAGCUCUGGGUGUCUCUGCGCGUGUGCCAUGCGCUGGCGCUGCUGCUGCCGCCGCCUGCAGGAGUGCAUCCAUAACAUCCCUCCCCUCAACCUUCUCUUCCUCCACUUCUUCUCCGACGCAUCAGCAGCUCUCUCAGGUGGCGGAGUACGUAGCAGCACCGGCGGAGGCUUCUGCACCUUUAUCCAUGGCCUCCAUCUCCGUCCCCGACCCCGUCCCUUCCGCAACCGAGGACGCCGAGAACAUUAGGAAAGCAGCAGUGCAAGGAUGGGGCCCCGACAAGAAGGCGCUGAUGGAGAUACUGGGCCACCGGACGGCGGCGCAGCGCGCGGAGAUCGCCGCGGCCUACGCGGGCCGCUACAACGAAUCCCUCCUCGACAGACUCCACUCCGUGCUCUCCGGCGACUUCCGGAGCGCGAUGAUGCUGUGGACGGCGGACCCGGCGGCGCGUGACGCCAAGCUUGCCCACAAGGCCAUGAAGAAGAAGGGCGAGCGGUACGUGUGGGUGCUCAUCGAGGUCGCCUGCGCGUCGACGCCGGACCACCUCGUCGCCGUCAGGAAGGCCUACCGCGAGUCGUACCCCGCCUCCCUCGAGGAGGACGUCGCCGCGUGCCCGCUCUACAAGGACCCCCGCGUCAAGCAGUUCUUGGUGCGCCUGGUGAGCUCGUACCGGUACUCCGGCGAUCUCGUCGACGACGAGCUGGCGAGGGCGGAGGCCGCGGAGCUGCACGACGCGGUGGUGGCCAGGAAGCAGCUGCUGCACGGCCAAGUCGUGCGCAUCGUCAGCUCCAGGAGCAAGCAGCAGCUGCAGGCCACGUUCGAGCGGUACAGGCAGGACCGUGGCAAGGCCUUCGACGAGGUACUGGAGGAACGCCGCAGCGACCAGCUCGCGGCGAUGCUCAAGACAGCGGUGUGGUGCUUGACGUCGCCGGAGAAGCACUUCGCGGAGGUGAUCCGGAGGUCCAUCGUCGGGCUCGGUACGGAUGAAGAAUCCCUGACGAGGGUGAUCGUUUCGCGCGCCGAGAUCGACAUGAAGAAGGUGAAGGAGGAGUACAAGGUCAGGUACCGCACGACGGUUACCAGCGACGUCAACGGCGACACUUCCGGAUACUACAAUUCCAUCUUGCUCACUCUAGUAGGCCGUGAGUGAAUGAGCAUGGCCACGAGUGAUCCUUGUUGGCUCAAGUUGAGACCGUAGUGCAAGCUCAUCAAAGAAGGUGGUGUGGCCAAUUUGACAUCUACAACUAUAGAAGGCACUAAAGCUGGAAAAAAAAUUGCUGCAGUCCGACUGCAAACUAAAAUGUUUGCAGUCCCUCAUAAAAAGGAAGAUAGACAUCACUUAGUUGUGUUAUUGCUUCUGCGGGUGAAAUCUAUUCUCCUUUUUGUGAGAGGCUGCAAACAUUUUGGUUUGCAACCGGACUGCAGCAAAAAAAUUUCCCUAAAGCUUUAACUUUUCUAGUCAUUGUUAAUUGUACCAUUCGAGACUUUGGUAGGCCAAGUAUCUCUCUUUUGAUGCCGCUAGUGCUAGACAUAAACCAGGUUGUUCCAAGAAUUGGCAUAAAAUGUAUAAGGUUGUCUUCAGCAACGUCAUCUAUAUCCAUCCUCUAUAUCCGUUAUUUA